AACCAAAAAGAACAAACAGAAUCUGAAAUUUCAAAUUUAGAAACAAAAGAAACAGAAAUUAAUACAUUAAACACUCAAAUCUCAGAUUUAAAUACUGAA